AUGACGGUGAGGCAAAGAGAACAUGCAAGACUGGAGAAAGAGCUGCAGGGGUUGCAACAAGAAAGAGAAGGAAAAAACAAAGACGACGAUCAUGAUGUAUACGCAGAAAAAUGGGAUACUGAUAUUUCCCACUGGAGAGGUCGCAUCAAAGGCCCGCUGGAUACACCCUAUGAAGGCGGCGUCUUCAUUCUCGAUAUAAAUAUUCCCUCAGACUAUCCUUAUAACCCGCCCAAGAUAAACUUCGUUACGAAGGUGUGGCACCCGAACGUCUCUUCGCAGACCGGAGCUAUUUGCUUAGAUAUAUUAAAGCAUGAAUGGUCGCCUGCGCUGUCAAUACGAACAGCGCUGUUGUCAAUUCAAGCGAUGUUAGCAGACCCCGUUCCUACGGACCCUCAAGACGCAGAAGUCGCGAAGAUGUUGAUAGAAAAUCCAGACUUGUUCAAAAAAACUGCGCGCCACUGGACAGAGACAUUUGCUAUGAAUGCAGCGGAGUCGCAAGAAGACAAAGUAAUUUAA